AUGCACACCAAUCAAGUUUACAGAGAGCGUGUUAUUGUAAAUAAUGGACCACACAAAUGGUGGCACCACCGUUGGUUCAAAAGAAUCGCCAUUUCCGUUACUGUUUUAAUAGUUUUCGCUGUUAUUCUUGCUCUGAUGUUAAAAUUCGUCGUUUUUGCACCGAAGAAAUCAGAAACUAGUACCACCGCCGCAACAUCAUUGUCAUCACUAACAACAAUAAUAUCAACACCACCGUCAUUAUCAACAACAACAACAACAUUAGUGAUAUCGACCACAAGUUCACCACAAACAACAGCCAUGACUACAACGCAGCCCACAGAUAUAAGUGGUUGCUUAGCAUUCAAAAGUUUUCUAUAUCUCACUAAAAGUUAUAUUAAAAGAACAGUGAUUUUGUCAUGA